CCGGCUCACAGUCCUUCUCACUCCGGAUUCUUGAGGAACUCACGCCGGAACGAACUCGAACUCGACUCUCCCGGGUGUACACCUGCCAGAUUGUAUCCAUCGACCGCGCUCACAUGGGAGCCGAUUCCCCAGUGUUAUGCCUGAAGCUUUUCGACGACAGAUUUCUGCACAUGGAUGAUCCUCGCGAUGACGGAUAUAGUGAUGAGGAGCCUCCCGGAGAAAGUGAACUCGAGCAGUGGUGGAACCGGUAUGAGAACGAAGAGAACGGGGUACGCUGUGAGGACAUGACGUAUGAGCGGCUACGAUUCAUGCAAGGAUCCCUCCUGCCUUGGUAUUAUGGUGCGCACAGGUUAACACUCCCUGGGGGGCACACCAUAUACGGCAUCCUUAUGGAGUACGUGGGCGGUGUACCACUGGGCGAAGGUCAUGCCGCUCAUCUACCUCCACAACAACAGGUGGAACUGAUAAACAGCCUGCGUCUCGGUGUUCGAGGCAUGGAACAUGCCGAUGUUUCUCAGCAUGACUGGCACAGGAAGCAAAUCCUCGUCAGCGCCCGCUCGACGUCUGAUAGCAUGCUGGGACCUAGCGUCCACUGUGUCCUUGUUGACUUUUCUUCUUGCUCCACGUCCCUUCAUGCCUCUGAUUUCCACAGGGACGAUGACUUUGGGACGUGUCUCAGUUACCUCGUAAGUCCAGACGCUCACCUGGACGCAGAGAUCGUGUUGGAACACUGGGGAGAAAGGCAAAUUUGGGACACCAUAUCUGCUACUGUCAACGUGCAUGGGGAAUUGCGGGGCGUAAGGAAACCUGAAGAUCCCUACAGUCCUAGUAUUGGUUGAUCUAUUUCUUUCUCUCUACCUUGUUUUCCUCCAAUCCUGUGCUUUCAGCUAUUGCGAGCACCCCUGCCUCACUCCUCUGAUACUCAUAUUACUCGGGGCGCCCAGGAUUGAGUUUCCCUACUCAUUUAUAGUCACCUAUACUGUGUCACGUACUGGGGAGUUUUCAAAGCACAGUCCCUCCAGUGUCUGCAGAUAUGUGUGAGCAAGAGUGCGGU